AUGACAUCCAAUGCUGUGAUAUUCCAUCGAUGGUACGCCUAUCGAGACGAACGGACGAGCAGUUCGAGUUCGGACAGCGGAGUAGCCAGCCUACAAUUCAGUCCGCCACAUCUUCUCUCCCUAGGUGCCUCGGUAAGUUCGGCUGUGAUGGCGCUUUCACCUCCUGGUCUAUCGCCCCUGCAAGUGCAAGACUCAGCCUUUUCUACGCCGACGCCGUCCAGUGGUACUGCGGCCAACACCAGCCGCUUCACGUUUGAUCAUAUUCCGUUCCGGAAAACGUCAGCUUCAGAUGAACAUGAUGAAGCCGAAUUGACGAGCGCAUUCGACCUCCCUUCGUCAUCUGGUAAAGAUCCGGAACGUCUGAAGGAUGUACUGAUGACAGUACGACGCCACGAAGACGCGACUGCAAGCCAUCCUGUUCUACAACGGAAAGAAUCAGUCAUACAGUCUACGCGCACUGCUGAAACUGCUCACGUUGGUGCUUUCUCAGUGUUACUUUACGAGGGUUAA